AUGGACGCGGCCGUAUCACCCCAGCCCCCGGGCACGCCUCUCAACGGCAACGGUGCGAACGGCAUCAACGGCGUCAGCGCUGCCGCCCCUCUCGUUGCCAUGGAUCCCGCCCGCGUCGUUGAGCAUCUGGCUCAUCUGCUUGAGGCUGCCCUUGGCGCUUCUCGCGACGAGCUCGAAGCUCCUGGCAGUCUGCUGUCCAAGGCACGAUACAACGACACAUUACAACGAUGCACCCGCUUCGCCAACGACGCACUGGUGUCUUUGUACAUACAAAAGGACAUCCCCGCGACGCCUCAACUAGAAAACGGCGAUGUGGAUUCCAAACCAACACAGCACACGUACACUAUUGCAUCCGAUUUGUUCUCAGCAGUCACCACCGUUGCCUUCCUGGUCCUCCUGAAGCGCCCUCAACCCCUCGAUCCGUCCGCGCCUCUCGCCUCUCAGCUUCAAGUGCUGAAUCUUCCCGGCCCGGCCUACCUUGCAGCCACCGCUGGCGAGCAGGGUCCGGCGGCCUCGCCCUUUGAAUACUUGCAGCUCUUCCUGCACAAUGGUCUGGCGCCAUAUUUCGAUGCAAGCACCAAGAGCCAGCAGAUGAUCGGCGGCGUCCGUGGCAGAGCCGAUGUCGACGCGAAAACUGGUAUACCUGUGACGAAGAAGAGAUGGACUGAGCUUGAGCUGAGCUUAUCACAUCUGCAGCAGAACGUUGAGAUCCCCGAAGUGCUUCUGCCGUUCCACCCGACGGUACAGAAUGCUCUCGAUGAUGCUGCAUCCCGCCAGGUCAAGCCGUCGCUCGAUAUGAUUCCGGCGGCCCUCCUCCAAGACAGCACCUUCCUUAACCAACUGCAAACGAACGUGAAUAACUGGAUCAAGUCUAUUCAGGCCAUUACCAAGAUGAAUCGUGAUCCGACCACCGGCACGGCCAACCAGGAAAUUAACUUUUGGCUUUCCAUGGAGGCGGCACUUGGCGGCAUCGAGACACAGCUAGGAAGCGACGGCGUUCGUUUGACCCUGGAGAUAUUGAAGCACGCGAAGCGUUUUCAGGCGACCGUCAGUUUUGGAGCGGAUACAGGGCUGAAAGAAGCCAUGGAUACGGUCCAGAAGUACAACCAGCUGAUGCGUGACUUUCCCCUGGAUGAGCUCCUCUCGGCAACCUCAUUGCCCAAGGUUCGAGAUGCUAUUGACCAGAUCUUCACGCACCUGAACAAGAAAUUGAGGAUUUGCCCGUACCCCAUUCGACGAGCCUUGCCUUUGGUCGAGGCCUUCUCGGCGGAUUUAGAUGAAGUCCUGCACCGUCUUCUCCCCGGAACAGAGUUGGUUGAUCUCGACUACCAGGAGUUUAGCAAUGUCAUGCGCCUAACGGACAGCGUCUUCAAGGCCUGGGACGAUAAUAAGAAAGCUUUCACAGAUGUUGCCCGUGAUGUCACCAGGCGGAGAAACGAAAAGUUCAUUCCUAUCAAGAUCAAUCCCAAACACAGCGAGCUGCAGUCUCGACUAAAGUAUGUCAGCAACUUUCGCGACAACCACGAGCAACUGCAAAAGACGAUUGUCAACGUUCUUGGACCAAAAGCGACCGUGGCUGAGUUAGUCGACGGCGCAAACGCAGAAGGCGUUGUUGUCGAAGAGAUGGGUGAUGUUGAUGCGGUUGAAGAAGUCAAGCAAGCGUGGGAAGCUCUGAGAAACGUGGACCUACUCGAUGUCUCACCGGAAGGGACGCAACGAUGGGUCAAGGCGGAGGAGACCUACAAUGAACGGACGUCCCGCGUUGAGAACUCCAUCAUUGCCCGCCUGCGAGACCGUCUUGCUACAGCCAAGAAUGCGAACGAAAUGUUCCGUGUUUUUUCCAAAUUCAAUGCCCUUUUCGUGCGGCCGAAAAUUCGAGGCGCUAUCGCCGAGUACCAAACUCAGCUUAUUGACAAUGUCAAGUUGGCCAUCAACUCUCUCCAUGAGCGCUUCAAGCAGCAAUAUGGACACUCUGAGGCACACGCCAUGGCACAGCUACAUGAUCUGCCGCCGGUUUCUGGAGCUAUCAUCUGGGCUCGUCAGAUCGAGCGUCAACUCGACGGCUACAUGAAGAAGGUUGAGGAUGUUCUCGGCUCUGAAUGGGCGCUUCACACCGAAGGUCAGAAGCUCAAGAAUGACAGCGAAUUGUUCCGCAAGAAGCUGAACACCCGACCGAUAUAUGAGGCUUGGCUCCACGACGUGCAGAGGAAAAAUAUCACCAUCUCGGGACUUAUCUUCACGAUCAACAAGAUACGGUCUGCCGGAAACGUUCUGGAGCUACAUAUCAACUUUGACGGGCAAGUCAUCGCCCUGUUCAAAGAGGUCCGAAACCUCAUGUGGCUGAAUUAUAGCGUGCCUCACGCCAUAAACAGCGUCUCGAAAGAGGCCAAGAGAGUCUAUCCCUUUGCUGUGAGCCUCAUGGAGAGUGUCAGAACUUACGCGCAGACUGAUCGCCAGAUCGCGGACAUGCCGGACGUCUCCGUGCUGCUUGGCGGUCUUCGCAACGAGGUCCAAGAGCUUGUCCGCAAGGGCAUGCCUCUUAGAUGGGAAUCUUUCAACAACAUGUACGAACUGCAUUUCAGAGCAGACUCAUCUAAAGGGGAAAGCAAGCACGUCACUUUCGUCAAAGAGUUCUCCGUGGCGGUAUCACAGCUCCAGUUCAAGACGAUGACAUUGGCUUCGAUCAACGCUACAAUCCAAAAGGCGCUUGCGGAGCUUAGCUCUUGCCCUUAUGAAGCCUCGGAAUUUGAUUCAAGGCUCAAGAUCAUUCAAGAUGCAGUGGACCAGCUGAAUCUUGAGCAAUAUGUGAACCUAGGGUACUGGGUCGAGGGCAUGAACUCCCACAUCAAGGAUGUCUUGCUAAUCCGCCUUCAACGUGCAAUGUCAGCUUGGAUCGAGGCCUUCGAGGACGAUCAUUUCGAAGGUGAAGGUUCGCGUCGGAGGGCACAGGGGGAGGGUGGUCUUAACUCCAAAUCUGACAAACCAGUCAUGAGGCAGCUGAUCCAUGAAAUCACAAUGCGUAACCAAGUCAUCUACCUCGACCCUCCGAUGGAAUACGCACGCGCUAGCUGGUUCUUGCAACUUCAAGAGUGGCUCGGCGUUGUCUGCAACUUGAAGAAAGUCAAGGCAACUCGUUACCAGAUGAGCCUCAGUCUGAAUACGACGGCUCAAGACGAGCCUCGCUUCAAUGACCUGCCUGCUGAGUGCACUGAGAUGCUCAUUCGUGUCCAUGGCUCCGUCGACAAGAAGCUCCAGGAGAUUGGGUCGUAUGUCGACAAGUGGCUGCAGUUCCAGUCGCUAUGGGACUUGCAAUCAGACCAGGUCUACGAAAUACUUGGUGAUCAGCUUUCACGGUGGUUGCAGCUUUUGCAGGAACUCCGCAAGACAAGAUCGACCUUUGACACAUCGGAGGUCAGCCGCUCUUUUGGCCACGUCACCAUCGAUUAUGAUCAAGUACAGACUAAGGUCAAUGCCAAGUAUGAUCAAUGGCAGCAUGACAUCCUACUCAAGUUUGCCAGUCGUCUCGGAAACCGCAUGCGGGAAGUCCACGCUGAGAUCGAAAAAGCCCGACGAGACUUGGAAGGUCACAGUCUCGAAGCAUCGUCCACGGCGCAAGCUGUGCAAUUCAUCACCAUUGUGCAGAGUUGCAAACGGCAGGUCAAGCUUUGGGCGCCUGAGGUCGAGAUAUUCCGCCAAGGCGAAUCAACUCUUGUGAGGCAGCGGUACCAGUUUCCCAAUGAUUGGCUUCAUGCGGAACAGGUAGACGGCAUGUGGGAUGCACUGAAUGAGCUUCUUGCGCGCAAGUCAAAGAUUGUCCAGGAUCAGACAGACGCUUUACGAGCGAAGAUUGUCGCAGAAGACAAGGUUGUCGCUGACAAAAUCACGGAAGUGGCACAGCAGUGGAAUGAGGAGAAACCAGUAUCUGGCACCAUACCCCCUGACGAGGCCAAUGCUACCUUGAGCUCUUUCGAGAUCAGAAUCACUCAGCUCCAAGAAGAGUUUGCCAUGGUCUCAAAAGCUAAGGAAGCUCUCGACCUUCCUGCGUCAGCGGACUCGUCUCUCGGUGUGAUAUUGGAAGAGGUUCAGGACUUCAAAUCUGUGUGGGCUUCACUUUCCUUGAUCUGGAAGAGUCUGAAUGAGCUCCGCGAGAUGCUGUGGACCAGCGUUCAGCCAAGAAAGAUCAGGUCAUCCAUUGACAACCUCAUCAAAAUGACCAAGGAGAUGCCCAGCAGAAUGCGGCAAUACGCUGCGUUUGAACACAUCCAAAACAUCCUUCGGCAAUACUUGAAAGUCAAUACUCUUCUGGGAGACCUCAAGUCUGAGGCCGUACGGGACCGACACUGGACCAAAAUCUGGAAGCAGAUCAAGCCUGGGAAGCGGUAUUCUCCCGUUUCUAUGACAUUAGGGGAUGUUUGGGACCUGAAUCUUGUGGCAACCGAAGUCAUCAUCAAGGACGUGAUUGCUCAAGCCCAGGGUGAGAUGGCCCUUGAAGAAUUCCUCAGGCAGGUGAAGGAGGACUGGACGAAUUACCACCUGGAACUCGUCAACUACCAGAACAAGUGUCGUCUCAUUCGAGGGUGGGAUGAGCUUUUCGCAAAAUGCAGCGAGAACCUCAACUCUCUGCAAGCAAUGAAGCACUCUCCGUAUUACAAAGAAUUUGAGGAGGAAGCUUCUACCUGGGAAGACAGGCUCAACCGUGUACACGUCCUCUUCGACGUCUGGAUUGAUGUUCAACGCCAAUGGGUUUACCUCGAAGGUGUCUUCACUGGCAAUGCAGACAUCAAGCACCUGCUUCCCAUUGAAUCUUCGAGGUUCCAGAACAUCAACAGCGAGUUCUCGGCGGUUAUGAAGAAGGUCUACAAGCAGCCCACCGUCCUCGAUGUCCUCAACAUACCAAAUGUACAGAAGUCUUUGGAGCGUUUAGCGGAGCUGCUCAACAAGAUUCAGAAAGCGCUUGGCGAAUAUCUUGAGAAGGAGCGUGUCUCAUUCCCUCGAUUUUACUUCGUCGGUGACGAGGAUCUCCUGGAAAUGAUUGGCAACAGCAACGACACUUUGCGUAUCGCUAAGCACUUCAAAAAGAUGUUCGCUGGUCUCUCCGGCUUGGUCAUGGAUGAAGAGGGUGUCAUCUCUGGCUUUACAUCCAAGGAGGGCGAGACCGUGCGGCUCAAGAAGGAAAUCUCGGUCAUCAAGACCCCGAAGAUCAACGACUGGCUCGCGCUCCUCGAAAGUGGAAUGAAAGCAACACUUGCAGAGCUACUAGCUGAGGCUGUCGAGCAAUACACGCCCAUUUUCUCCAAUGAGAACAUUGAGCAAUCAGCCCUGAGCGAAUUCAUGUCAGCUUUUCCAAGUCAAAUUGUGGUCUUAGCAACCCAGGUUGUCUGGACUACUACUGUUGAUCAGGCCCUCAAUGAUGGCGGCAAGGGUCUCCAAGCUUUGUUCGAGCGCGAGGUGCAGGUGCUACGCCUUCUUGCGGACACAGUACUCGGUGACCUGGAGGUAUUGAUGAGGAAGAAGUGCGAGCAGAUGAUCACCGAAUGUGUCCAUCAACGAGAUGUCAUCGAAAAACUCGUGAAGCUCAAUGCCACGGCUCCAACACAUUACAUGUGGCUCCUCCAGAUGCGUUACGUCUACAGCCCCCAGGGUGAUUUCCUAGACCGCCUCCAUAUCAAGAUGGCAAACGCUAAGCUCAACUACGGCUUCGAGUAUCUGGGUGUCCCUGACAGGCUUGUUCGGACGCCUCUCACUGACAGAUGUUUCCUCACCCUCACACAAGGAUUGUGCCAGCGGCUUGGAGGGUCACCUUAUGGCCCUGCUGGCACAGGCAAGACAGAAUCUGUCAAGGCGCUAGGCGUCGAGCUCGGCAGAUUCACUUUGGUCUUCUGCUGUGACGACACUUUCGAUUUCCAGGCUAUGGGCCGCAUUUUCCUGGGUAUCUGUCAGGUCGGAGCCUGGGGCUGUUUCGACGAAUUCAACCGUCUCGAGGAGCGCAUCCUGUCUGCCGUCUCGCAGCAGAUCCAGAACAUCCAACUCGGUCUGAAACAGGGUGCUGAGGACAGCAAAGCUCAGAUUGAGCUUGUAGGACGCCAACUCCACGUCAAUGAAGAUACAGGCAUCUUCAUCACAAUGAACCCUGGCUAUGCUGGUCGUUCCAAUCUUCCAGACAAUCUCAAGAAGCUCUUCCGAAGUGUGGCCAUGUCGAAACCUGACAAGGAGCUCAUUGCCGAGGUCAUGCUCUACUCCCAGGGCUUCAAUCAAGCCAAGCAACUGUCGAAGCAGACGGUGCCGUUCUUCGAUCAAUGCUCUGCUAAAUUGUCGAAACAAGCGCAUUAUGACUUUGGUCUGCGUGCACUGAAGAGCGUUCUAGUCAGCUCUGGUGGCUUGAAGCGUGCUCGACUCAUCGAGACCGAAGGGAAUUUGGGCGCGGAGGAAGUAGUGGAACCAGAGAUCAUUGUCCAAAGUAUCCGCGAAACUAUUGCGCCGAAGCUGAUCAAGACCGAUGUUGACAUUAUGAUGGACAUCGAAGGAGUCUGCUUCCCUGGCGUCAAGUACGUCCCUGCCAACUUACACAGCCUGGAGGAGGCGAUCCGCCGCCUGGCAGACGAAAGACAGCUUGUUGUUACCGAUACAUGGAUGACGAAGGUCCUUCAGCUGUAUCAAAUCCAGAAGAUCCACCACGGUGUCAUGAUGGUUGGAAACUCUGGAUCAGGAAAGUCGGCCGCCUGGAGGUUGCUUCUUGAUGCGCUGCAACAGGUUGAAGGUGUCGAGGGCGUGUCCCACGUUAUCGACUCGAAAGUCAUGUCCAAGGAGGCACUGUAUGGAAACCUCGACUCCACCACUCGAGAAUGGACGGACGGUUUGUUUACAAGCAUUCUCCGGAAAAUUGUGGACAACCUUCGUGGUGAGGAUGCUAAGCGACACUGGAUUGUAUUCGACGGCGAUGUCGACCCUGAGUGGGUCGAAAACUUGAACAGCGUGCUCGACGACAACAAGCUGCUCACGCUUCCCAACGGCGAGCGACUCAAUUUGCCACCCAAUGUUCGCAUCAUGUUCGAAGUUGAGACAUUGAAGUACGCCACGCUCGCGACAGUCAGUAGAUGCGGUAUGGUCUGGUUCAGCGAAGACACUGUCACACCAAGCAUGAUGGUGACCAAUUACCUUGAAACGCUACGCACUGUUGCAUUUGAGGAUCUGGACGAAGACGCGGUGGCCACUGGCCAAAGCUCUGCGAAAGCACUGGCCGUGCAGACCCACGCCGCCGAUCUCCUCCGCGCGCAUCUCGAAUCUGAGGGCUUCAUCUUGUCCGCUUUGCAACAAGCAGAGAACUACAACCACAUCAUGGAAUUCACAGUGGCGAGAGUCCUCAACACUAUGUUCUCGCUGCUGAACAAGGCUGUCCGUGACAUCAUCGAGUACAAUUCUCAGCAUGUUGACUUCCCUCUGGAUCCCGAGCAGGUGGAAGGCUUCAUUUCCAAGAAGCUUUUACUUGCUUUGGUCUGGGCUUUAACUGGCGACUGUCCAUUGAACGAUCGCAAGGCAUUUGGUGAUAGCUUGUGCGGUCUCGCAGACUUCGGGUCACCGCCUUUGGAUGGCUCCAGCGCCCUUAUUGACUUCGAUGUUUCCCUCCCACAAGCCGAAUGGACCCCUUGGCAGAAUCAAGUACCGACGAUCGAAGUCAAUACACACUCCAUCACUCAAACCGAUGUGGUCAUCCCAACUUUGGACACUGUCCGGCACGAAGACGUCCUGUACUCGUGGUUGGCUGAACACAAGCCUCUCCUUCUAUGCGGACCGCCAGGCUCUGGUAAGACGAUGACGCUCUUCAGUGCUUUGCGAAAGCUCCCAAAUAUGGAGGUCGUUGGCCUCAAUUUCUCGAGUGCCACUACACCCGACCUCCUGAUCAAGACAUUCGAGCAGUACUGCGAGUACAAGAAGACACUGAAUGGAGUGACGCUGUCUCCAACUCAAAUUGGGCGUUGGCUUGUCAUAUUCUGUGAUGAGAUCAACUUGCCAGCUCCGGACAAAUAUGGCACGCAGAGAGCCAUUUCUUUCAUCCGUCAGCUAGUCGAACACAACGGCUUCUGGCGAACUUCUGAUAAGUCGUGGGUGACUCUUGAUAGAAUCCAGUUCGUGGGCGCUUGCAACCCCCCAACAGAUGCCGGACGUACGCCCAUGGCUGCUCGUUUCCUCCGACAUGCUCCUCUCAUCAUGGUCGACUACCCAGGCGAACAAUCUCUACACCAAAUUUACGGAACAUUCAACUCUGCUGUGCUCAAGAUCAUUCCCUCACUCCGCGGUUACGCAGAGCCGCUCACUCAAGCUAUGGUCCGAUUCUUCCUCGAGUCUCAGCAGCGAUUUACGGCCAAGAUCCAACCCCACUAUGUCUACAGUCCUCGUGAGUUGACUCGUUGGGUUCGGGGUGUGUAUGAGGCGAUCCGGCCUCUCGAGACUUUGUCUAUUGAAGGUCUCAUACGCAUAUGGGCGCACGAGGCUUUGCGUCUCUUCCAAGAUCGACUUGUUGCUGAGGAUGAACGUAAGUGGACCGACGAUGCUGUGCGAAGAAUCGCGAUGGACUUCUUCCCAACCAUCGACGAGCAACAGGCACUUGGCGGCCCCAUCCUCUACUCCAACUGGCUGUCAAAGAACUAUGUCCCGGUCGAUCGAGAACAACUUCGUGACUUUGUCAAGGCUCGCCUCAAGACCUUCUGCGAGGAGGAGGUUGAUGUGCCACUUAUCUUGUUCAACGAUGUCCUGGAGCACGUCCUUCGCAUUGAUCGUGUCUUCCGGCAGCCGCAAGGUCAUCUCAUUCUCAUUGGCGUCAGCGGUUCGGGAAAAACAACCCUGUCUCGUUUCGUGGCGUGGAUGAAUGGUCUGAAGGUCUACCAGAUCAAGGUGCACGGCAAGUACUCAGCCGAGGACUUCGAUGAGGACUUGAGGGAAGUCUUGCGGCGCUGCGGCUGCAAGGGUGAGAAGAUGUGCUUCAUCAUGGACGAGUCUAACGUUCUUGACUCUGGUUUCCUCGAGAGAAUGAAUACGUUGCUUGCCAAUGCUGAAGUGCCCGGCCUAUUCGAAGGCGAUGACUUCGCAGCCUUGAUGACGGCCUGCAAGGAAGGCGCACAACGUCAAGGGCUGCUCCUCGACUCCCAAGAGGAGCUUUACAAGUGGUUCACUUCGCAAAUCGUCAAGAAUUUGCACGUCGUCUUUACGAUGAACCCACCAGAGGAUGGCCUCUCUUCCAAGGCAGCCACCAGUCCAGCCUUGUUCAACCGUUGUGUUCUCAACUGGUUCGGCGACUGGUCGGAUCAGGCCCUAUUCCAGGUUGCGCACGAGUUGACGCACUCGGUGGAUCUCGACCGCUCUAACUUCCAAGCACCCGACACGAUUCCUAUCGCCUACCGAGGCCUCAGCCUGCCCCCUUCGCACAGAGAAUCAGUUGUCAACUCGAUGGUUUACAUUCACUACUCCCUUCAGCGCUUCAAUGUCAAGUUAUUGAAGCAGCAGGGCAAGGUCACCUUUUUGACACCGCGUCACUUCUUGGAUUUCGUGGCACAGUAUGUGAAGUUGUACAAUGAGAAGCGCGAGGACCUUGAAGAACAACAGCGCCAUCUCAACGUGGGUCUUGAGAAGCUUAGGGACACCGUGGACAAAGUCAGAGACCUUCGCGAGAGUCUUGCGGAGAAGAAGGCUCAGCUGGAGCAGAAAGACAUCGAGGCGAAUGAGAAACUGCAGCGCAUGGUUGCCGACCAGCGGGAGGCUGAGCAGCGCAAGAACACAUCUCUCGAAGUCCAGGCUGCGCUUGAAAAGCAAGAAGCUGAGGUUGCAACAAGGAAGAAGGUCGUUUUGGAGGACCUGGCGAAGGCAGAGCCUGCAGUGGAGGCAGCCAAAGCCAGCGUCAGCAACAUCAAGCGUCAGCAUCUGACUGAAGUCCGUUCCAUGAACACGCCGCCACAGGGCGUCAAACUUGCACUGGAUUCCGUCUGCACGCUGAUCGGGCACAAGGUCAAUGAUUGGAAAGCCGUUCAAGCCGUUGUGCGACGAGAUGACUUUAUUGCAAGCAUCAUCAACUUCAACAAUGAGAAGCAGAUGACCAAGAACCUGCGAGUGAAGAUGAGAAAUGAAUUCUUAUCCAACCCAGAGUUCACAUUUGAGAGGGUCAACCGCGCCAGUAAGGCCUGUGGUCCUCUAGUUCAAUGGGUGGAAGCUCAAGUCAAUUUCGCCGAAAUCCUCGACCGAGUUGGCCCCCUGAGGGCGGAGGUCGAGCAGCUGGAGGAGCAAGCUCUGCAAACCAAGGCCGAGGCCAAGGCCAUCGAGAACAACAUUGCCCACCUGGAGCAGAGCAUCGCCACUUACAAGACCGAGUAUGCAGCGCUGAUUAGCGAGACACAGGCAAUCAAAUCCGAGAUGUCAAGGGUGCAAUUCAAGGUCGACCGAAGUGUCAAGCUACUCGACAGCCUGUCUUCCGAGCGUGUGCGUUGGGAAGAGGGCAGUAAGUCCUUCGAGACACAGAUCAGCACGUUGGUGGGAGACGUGCUUGUCGCCGCCGCUUUCCUUGCCUACAGCGGUCUAUAUGACCAGACAUUCCGCAAAGGCAUGAUGGAAGAUUGGCUGCACCAGCUGCACUUGUCCGGUAUUCAGUUCAAGCCGCAUAACCCCAUGACUGAGUAUUUGUCCACCGCCGACGAGCGUCUCGGAUGGCAUGAAAACAGCUUGCCUGUGGAUGAUUUGUGCACUGAGAACGCCAUCGUCCUGAAGCGCUUCAACAGGUACCCGUUGAUCAUCGAUCCUUCGGGUAGAGUCAAUGAGUUCUUGCAGAAGGAGUGUAAAGACCGUCGCUUGACCGUCACCAGUUUCUUGGACGAUUCCUUCACCAAGCAGCUUGAGAGCUCGCUCCGAUUCGGCAACCCAAUUCUCAUCCAGGACGCGGAGCAUCUCGACCCCAUUCUCAACCACGUGCUCAACAAAGAAUAUCAGAAGACUGGAGGUCGUGUACUCAUUCAACUUGGAAAGCAGCAAAUCGACUUUUCACCGGCCUUUAAGAUCUAUCUGUCCACCAGAGACCCAUCUGCGACAUUCGCACCUGAUAUCUGCAGUCGAACUACCUUCGUCAACUUUACCGUCACGCAGAGCAGUCUCCAGACCCAGUCGCUUAACGAUGCAUUGAAGUCUGAGCGGCCAGAUGUUGAUGAGAGGCGGUCAAACUUGAUCAAGCUUCAGGGCGAGUUCAAGGUGCACUUGCGACAGCUUGAGAAGCGCCUGCUUCAAGCACUCAACGAAUCACGUGGCAACAUCUUGGAUGAUGAUAACGUUAUUGAAACCUUGGAGACUCUCAAGACCGAGGCCGCCGAGAUUUCAGCCAAGAUGAGCAACACUGAAGGUGUCAUGGCCGAGGUCGAACAGAUCACACUUGAGUACGAUGUCAUCGCCAAGUCCUGCAGUGCCGUGUACGCUGUCCUUGAACAGCUACACUAUCUCAACCACUUCUAUCAGUUCUCGUUGCAGUACUUCCUUGACAUUUUCCACGGCGUGCUCCAUGGUAAUCCUAAUCUGGCCAAUGAGACAAAUCACAAAGUCCGCCGUGAUAUCAUUGUCAGGGACCUGUUCAUCGCCGCCUUCCAGAGGACUGCACUUGGACUGCUCCAGAAAGAUCGCAUUACUCUUGCUAUGCUCCUCGCGCAAGCAUCUCCGUACAAAAUGGACAGCACUCUCAUUGACAACAUCCUGGACGAAAAGAUCGAGGGCAAGGACGUCUCAACAGUUGUUGAGGGCAAGGACGAGGCAUUUGCACGAGCCAGAAAGCUGCCGAGUCUGAAGGAGAGACUCGACCAGGUCUCCGCUAGUGACUGGGAUCAAUUCUUCUCCCAGGAGCUUGCAGAGAAUUUCGUUCCCAAGAUCUGGGAUGACAGCACAGAUGACAACGAUAAGGCUCUUUUAUCCCUGCUUUUAGUAAAGCUCUUCCGUCUUGAUCGAUUCGUACCUGCCGCAGAGCGCUUCGUGGCCUUGGUAUUCGGGCCUGGUCUGUUCGACAUUGUGGAAGAUCUCAAGGCUACCGUGACCCAAGUGCCCGCAACACGACCGAUUGCUUUGGUGUCCAGCCCUGGAUUCGAUGCCAGCUACAAAGUCGACAGUCUGGUGGAGAGGAUGCGUGUUAGAUGCACGAAUAUUGCGAUGGGUUCCAAUGAGGGUGUUGCAAGCGCCGACAAAGCAAUCAGUAACGCGGCACAGAUCGGAUCAUGGGUAUUGGUCAAGAACGUCCAUCUUGCACCAACUUGGCUGCAGAGCCUCGAGAAACGCAUGGAAUCACUCAACCCCAAUCCGGAGUUCAGACUCUUCCUGUCCAUGGAGGCGAGCCCCAAGAUCCCCGUCAACCUGCUCCGCGCCUCUCGGGUGCUCAUGUACGAGCAACCUGCUGGUGUCAGGGCCAACAUGAAAGACUCGAUGUCUUCGCUUUCUACGAGGCCCUCUAAGAGCCCUGUUGAGCGGCAGAGGCUGUACCUACUACUAUCUUUCCUGCAUGCUGUUGUUCAAGAGCGCUUGCGUUAUGCGCCUAGCCUUGGCUGGAAGGGUUUCUGGGAGUUCAAUGACAGUGAUUAUGAAUGCUCGGCCUUUGUGAUCGACACAUGGGUCGAAACAGUUGCCCAAAACCGGACUAACAUCGCCCCGCAAAACAUCCCCUGGGAAAUGAUCCGAUAUCUCGUCACGGAGACCUACGGCGGCAAGAUCGAUGAUGAAGGCGACUACAAGCUCCUCACGCAGCUCGUUCACUCUUUCCUGACGCCGGCCGCCUAUGACAUUGGUCACAAGCUGGUUGAGGGCGGCGACAAGGAAGGCAGCCUGGAGGUGCCAUCAGGAACUUCUAUGCAGGAUUUCAUGGGAUGGAUUCACAAGCUCCCUGAGCGCGAGCCGCCUACGUAUCUUGGACUGCCUGCCAAUGCGGAGAAGUUGCUGCUCGUUGGGCUUGGGCAGAGCAUGAUCCAGAACUUGAGGAAGGUCACGGACUUACUGGAUGAGGGGGAGCAGUUGGUAACUGAAGCAGCACAGGCUGCGUAA